AUGGCCCCUUCCAGAAUAUGCGCCGGCUCUCCGACAUUCCUAAAGCAGCGCUUCAACACUGGCUACCGCAUGUUAAUCUACAAGAGCCCCACUUGCGACGUGUCACGCAUAGAGAUGCUUCUGCGCAAGUAUGCACCUAAAGUGAAACUGCAGAGCGACUCCUUCAACGAGGUCACCUUCCUUUUGGGACAUACUCCCUCCACUAAACGCAUCAUCAACAUGUUUCGGGACAUCGAAAAGCAGAGCAGACACUUGGGCAUCGAGUCGCUGGGCUUGACGGUGACUUCACUCGAAGACGUCCUCAUAGGUGUCGCCGAAGAACACCACGUGCACAGCCAUAAGCUCACUGAGACCAUCAAGCAGCAUGAUGCUUCCAUGAUUGAAACCAAGGACACCUUAGUGAACGUAAUGGCGAGCACGGUCUCCUCGAAUCCGGGAUGCGCACGCCGCAUGUGGGCGGUGUUCUGCAAGCGAGCCACCUGCGUCUCGCGGCAGCUCAAGAUCCCGCUGUUCAGUUGGCUGCUGCCCAUGAUGCUGCUCUGGCUGCUCUUCACUUUCGAGGACGUGGCACUGUACCGGAACGCCAUCGUUGCCGAACACGUGGGCAACACGCUCUCCUACAGCUUCGUCGAGCUUGUCGGCAAGGCCAACGGGUUCGCACAAGUUAGAGAAGAUGGAGUGUUCUACGUCGACUACAUAUUGCCCUUAUUAAGGCCAGGUGUAACCACCGUAGAGAUCAUCCUUCCUGACGAAAACGUGGACGAGUGGCUGCUACAGUUGGCCAAGGACGAUUUGCGUCAUUACGUUUUCAUGACGCACUUUGGCGUGCAGCUGCUGGAACAAGGAAGAACGGUUCUCUGGUACAACGGCGAGAUCCAGCACAUGGCGCUAUUGGUACUGACGCUGUUCAACAAUGGGCGCCUGCACUUCGUCACCGGUAAAACCGACGUGCUGUUCAGCUUCGAGGUGACUGUGCUCGACAGCGCCAAUGUGGGUGGUGAAGGAGAGCACGGGGAGAGCCAUGGCGCCUAUCGGGAGCUGCUGCCUCAGAUCCUGCGCUCCAUAUUUCUGCCCAUGGUGUCCAGCCUGAUGUGCAGCAAUUUUGUGCUUUUUCCGAUCACCGAGCGGGCACUGCAGGUAAAGCACCUGCAUAUCAUUACGGGAAUCGGGCCGUUCCUCUACUGGAUCACCAAUUUCCUCUGGGAUUUUAUGUUUUACAUGGGCACCGCCAUUUUCAUCUUGCCGCCCAUUGCUUACUUCCACGCCGACUCGCUGGAUUUCAACUACAUUCAACUCAUCUUUAUAUUGAAUAUACUGCACGGCUACGCUGCGCUACCGUUCAUCUACAUAUGUUCCUUCUGUUUCGACAACCCUGGCUUCGGAUUCUCUGCUCUUGCCAUCUCUACGUUUAUAAUAUCGUCACUUUGCUGCACGGGUGCCGUGUUCAUGGAACACUACGCGGAAACGCUGAACAACGUCCCACUCGUGGUCUUCAUCGAGACGAUACUCCAAAUGGCGCGGCUUCUGCCUUCCUACUCGUACUCGCGUGGCAUGACGAAAGUGCUGCAGUUGGCCACCGAGAACGCGGUGUGCCAACGCGGUGGAGAGGACCUCGAGAAUGCCUGCCAAGAAAAGUUUGUCGCAUUCAAGAUGUCACUGCUGCAGUGCUGCAAGCACAUCGCUGAACCUGACCCUUAUCUUUACGCAAUCAGCCCUCUGGACGUGCACUCGUACUCUGCUUUUUACGAGGUGCUCACCCUGUUUCUGGAAGGGCCACUGCUUUUCGGUCUGCUAGUGUACGCCGACUACUACUUGCUGCGCCAACUCGACCGACACUUGACUGAGCCCGGGGCCGAAAACAAUCUGCGCCUCCUAGUCCCGCCUGCAGAGCAAGGGGUCAUCAAAGGAUUAUCGCUUUCCAAGCCGGCCGUCAAGCACCACGAGGACACGGAUGUUGUGGAUGAAGACAAACUUGUAGCGAAUCUUGUCCAGAAUCCGGUGACACCUUCGCCAAUUCCACAGGCGUUGACAAACCAGCCUUCCAAAUCACAGACCCAGUUGCAGGCUAAGCAGCAACCAAAGAUGCCGUCCCAGGUUCCAGACAGCACGCAGCCGGCCAUGGUGGUGUACCGCCUCCACAAGGCUUACGGUUACCUUGAAGGCCACAUUGUGCUACAGGGCCUGAGCUUCAGCGUGCGCUCGGGCGAGUGCUUCGGCCUUCUCGGAGUCAAUGGUGCUGGAAAGACCACCACCUUCAAGAUACUGACGGGCGAAAUCCUGCCGCAGGAGGGUGAUGCAUACAUUGGUGGCGUGUCCGUCGUGCGUAAUGUGUACGAGUUUCAGAGCCACCUCGGCUACUGCCCGCAAAGCAACGCCCUGCUGGAUGCUCUGACGGGCAUCGAGACAUUGAUGCUGUACAUCCGGUUGCGUGGGAUUCCGAUCACCAGAGAAUACGUGGAGGCGUUGCUAGAGAUUUUCAAUCUGAAUGACAUCGGAGAUCAUCUAGUCGGCACGUAUAGCGCAGGGAACCGGCGCAAGCUGUGCCUGUGCGUGUCGCUCAUCGGCAUGCCGAGGAUGCUCCUGCUGGACGAGCCUUACUCCGGAAUAGGAAUCCUUUCGCGGAAGCGAAUUGUCAACUACAUUAGCUCCCUGCAGAGGCGCACAAAGAUUUCUAUUGUGCUAUCUUCUCACAGCCUCGCAGAUGUGGAGUUUCUCUGCAACCGCAUUGCCAUUCUUGGAGACGGAAGGCUGCAGUGCUUGGGUUCACUGGCGCACCUGAAACAAAAGUUCGGCCAGGGCUACACUAUCACCGUGAAAACAUACCCGGACCGCAAACAAGACAUCUUGUAUCAGCGAGAUGUGGCCCGGGAAGUCAGGAAGAAUUUCCAAGACGUGGAGCUUAUGCACAGCUACGAGGGACUGCUUGAGUUCCGGGUAUCCCGGAUUCAGAUGCUCUGGAGCGAGAUGGUUCACCGCAUGGCAAGGAUAAAGAAGCGCUUCAAGCUGCAAGACUUCUAUAUCACCGACACUUCACUAGAGCAAAUCUUUCUCAGUGUUGACGCGCAAGCAACGCAUUGGCCGGGACCAGACCACUACAAAAAACAAGCGAUAUUUCUGAGCGUAGACAUCUACACUGAUCUUCAAAGCUUACACCAGUGUUUAGAUUCAGUCGUCACCCGUGAGAAAGUGAAAAUAUUCACCAUCUCCCUGAAGGAAACCGUGAUGGGAUGCGAAGCAGCAGUGGUGCGCAAGGCGUUGACACCGGUUGAAACAGGCGUCGACGCGGGUUGCUGGAAGAACGUCCGGCAAUGCGCAGCCGCCGACCCCAGCCAGGCAGCGAGGAUGGAGAACAUGGAGAAAGAGAAUAGGGAGCUUAGACAAGAGUUGGCCAAGGCCAGAAAGCAGAAUGAAAAAUCAACGCGGAAAAUUGAGGAGCUACAACAGACACUGAACAAAAUCCUUAAGCGAAUGGGAGGACACCCCGCAGAGACCCCAUCCUCUGGCGCCUCCUCGUCCCAUGGAGCUGCCGAUGAACGCGACACAACUUCAGCAGUAGGAGACGGGGACACGGACAUGGACUGUGGAGGCGCUGAAAGUCACACGCAAGAGCCGAAGCGGGCACGACCGGCAGGCCGAAAGAUAGACGUGAUCGAAGAAAUGGUAGACAAACUAACCAACAAGACAGAGCGACAGUUUGAGGCGCUCCUAAUUCGGCUGAACGAGUCUGACGCCGAAAGGAACGCACAGUAUGCCGCGGUCAAUAACCAACUUGCGGCCGUGAAUAAGCGCAUCGAAUAUCUAGAACGCGGGAUGGCGCAGUUGCAGCAACAGGGACAAGGCCACGACGAAUUGGGAGGGGACGCAUCGACCAUCCUCAACAGAAGCAGCAAUGUCAACACCACCCACACUGAAAAAGGAGGGACGCACGGACAGUCGCGUUCCCCCAACGCCUUUGAAUAG